AUGUUGCUAAAACACAGUGUCUGUAUCAUCCCCCUGACUAAACGUAAAAAGAAAAUCAAGUUGGCACCCGGUGACCGCUGUGUUCCUUCUCUUAAGUUCUUGCUUCACAGAAGUUUCAAAACUCUUUUCUGUGACUCUUGGCUGGUUUACAGCGUGACCCUUCCCUGCAGUGUUCUGCUCCGGUUUUCAGUUUCCUCUUUUCCUUGUGUCACAAACACAUCCUUCCACUUCUUGAACCCAUAUGUCUGCCCUAGUCCCCCCCUGGAAUUCAAAAGAGAUCUGAGGAUCUGGCUUGCAUUUUUUAGUAAGGAACAUAAUGAAACAAGACAUGGAGGAGGGUUACCUUGA